GGGUGGGCUUGCUGAAGUUGAGAAUGGGUUAAUAUUUAAAGGAUUUCAAUCAGUUUCUCCACUCCAGCCUGUGUCCUGUUGAGAGCUCCCUGCAUGAGAUAAAAUGUGUGGAAAGAUCUCUUGCUGUUUCCUGGUUUCCCUCCUGCUGACGGUGACGUGGGCGGCCCAACAUGGUCAUGAAGAUCAUUCAGCAGAUCACCAUCAACAUCUCCACCAUGGCAAGGAUGAACCUCACCCCAGCCACGAUGGAGAUGAGGACUUGUCCCACAGACUCGCCCCCCACAAUGCUGACUUUACCUUCUCUCUAUACAGGAAGCUGGCAGCCCAUCCAGAAACUCAAGGCAAGAACAUCUUCUUCUCUCCACUGAGCAUCUCCAUGGCUCUGUCCAUGCUGGCCCUGGGAGCCAAAGGUGAAACCCACUCACAGAUCUUCAGCACCCUGGGCUACAGUGCCCUCACUCCUGAUCAGGUUAAUGAAGGUUAUGAGCACCUUUUUCACAUGCUGGGCCACAGCCAGGACGCCAUGCUGCUGGAGGCAGGAAGUGCUGUAGCCGUCCGAGAAGGCUUCAAAGCUGUAGACAAGUUUCUAAAGGAUGCUCAGCAUUACUACCAAGGAGAGGCCCUCAGUGUGGACUUCUCCAAACCUACAGUUGCUGAGCAGGAAAUCAACAAGUACAUCGCCAAAAAGACCAAAGAUAUGAUCACUGACAUGAUCAAGGAACUGGACCAGGACACUAUGAUGAUGCUCAUCAACUAUAUAUAUUUUAGAGGUAAAUGGAAAAAGCCUUUUGACAUAAAGUACACUGAAAAAGCAGAUUUCCAUGUGGAUGAGAACACCACAGUGACGGUGAACAUGAUGAGAAAAGAAACCUAUUACGAGUACUACAGGGACCGGAAUAAUUUCACUUCGAUCAUCAUGGUCCCCUACAAAGGGGACACUUCCAUGAUGAUUGUUCUACCUGAUGAGGGAAAAAUGCAGGAACUGGAGAAGAACAUCGACAAGGAUCAUCUCAAGUACUGGCAUGACAAAUUAUACGGAAGAUAUGUGAAACUCUUCAUGCCCAAGUUCUCCAUCUCUGCCUCCUUUUCACUUGCGGACACUCUGAUGGAAAUGGGAAUAGUCAGUGCGUUCUCAAGCAGUGCAGACUUCUCCGGGAUCAAUGAAGAGACCAACCUGAAGGUUUCCAAGGUCCUCCAUCAGGCCGUCCUCAAAGUUGAUGAGAAGGGCACUGAAGCAGCUGCUGUCACCACCUCAUUGAAGAUACCUUAUUCAGUAUCUCCCACCAUGAACGUCAACAGACCCUUCCUGGUCUUCAUUGUGGAGGAAAGCACCAAGAGCAUCCUCUUCAUGGGCAAGAUAACCAAUCCCACCGCAUAGAGGCAGCCAACUCCCACCCACACUAGCAGACCUAGAUGACUGUUGAAAUGCUAUUGGAACACUUUCAUUUCAACAAACAGCAGAUCACACAAAAGCCAUACUGACUGUAUAUGAAGUUAAGGGUUAAAUUCAUGAGUCCACAUGUAAAAUGUAACAUGAGGGAAGAAGUCCCUCAUGGUAAGAUGUCACCACCCUCUCCUAGUUUAUCUUCUGUUUAAACCAUUUUGUAAAUGUGAAAUUACCAUCUGAAUUAUGGCAUUCCUGAGAUUUAUUCCUGUGGAAACAGUCAAUCUUUUUUUUUUUUUUUUCCACUGGAUAAUAGAGAUGUAUGGAUUACAUAAGAAACAUAUUUUGAAAUACAUCACAACAGAGGGAUGUGAAAAAACCUAGUUAGAAGUUAGACCUUAAUUAAACCCAAUAUAUACUGUUUAAUUAAUAAACAAAUGGCAUGUAUCAGAUGUUUUUGUUGUUGUUGUAUUAUGUCAAAACUAUUAACACACAAAUUAGUUUAAAAAGUUAGACUGUAUAUAUUAUAAUAUAUAUUAGAAUAUAUUAGAAUAUUCUUAGUGUUUUAUUUUGAGGAAUACUUUCUGAAAAAUGGAAGAAAAGAACAGACUAGUAAUUAUUAAUGAAUAAUAAUUGACAUGUCAAGAUUACAUCAGGUUUUGUGCUAGAAAAACACAAUUGCCUGCUGAUACUGUUUAUUGUCUCUAAGUGUGUUGAGGUUUCUGCUUCACCAUCACAAUCACAGACAUGCUAAAGUCAUGUAUACAUGCAGUUUAGCUCUAGACUUAAGACAUUGUUCAUAUGGGGGACUUGUGCACCCACUUUCUUCUAUAUUUGGAAAUAAAAUGAGCAAUUUGAAUGAA